CCAGCCCAGCCCAGCCCAGCCCGCGUGCGGGGCGUCCUCGGAGCAGGGCAGGAUAGCAUGAGAGUGGCUGGCCAAAGCCCGUGCUAGAGCCGAGCCAGUGAGCGGCAGACGAGGGGGCAGCACCGCGCACGGCUCCUUCUCUCGGUUCGCCUGCCCUCGGUUGUAGCCUGCCCGGCGGGCUGCCCCACGUGCUCCCUGCGGGGAUGGAGGUGCAAGUUGGGCUCAACAGCGUGCAUUCCCGGCCGGGGGGCAGAACCUUCCGGGGAGCGUUCCAGACCUUGUUCCAGAGCGUCCGCGAGGCUUUCCAGAGCCCGGGGGCCGGCCUGCUGGGAGAGGAGCCGGGCACCAACCCUCAGCCUUCCUCCUCUGUCCAGUGCCCACCCGGUGCCCACCUGCAGCAUCAGCAGCAACCAGGCUCCCCCACUUACCUGGCGCUGGAGGAGCAUCCCCAAGGCCAGUGUGCCCCGGCGGCCAAGGUGUUGCAGCCUGAGGAUGAGAGCCCAGCUGUCCCCCCCUCCUCCACCCUGUCCCUGAUGGGCUCCACUUUCCACGGCUGUUCUGGGGACUUCAAAGAUAUCCUGAGCGAAGCAGGCACCCUGCAGCUCCUGCCGCCAGAGACCCAGACCAGGGGCAGCCGUGGCGACGAGGCAUCUGCAACCAAGGAGGACUUUCUUGGGGACAAUGCCAAGGAGCUGUGCAAAGCCGUGUCUGCCUCCAUGGGUCUGGGGGUGGAGGCGCUGGAGACGCCCAGCGAGCUUCUGCCCCGGGAGGAUUGCAUGUUCGCCCAGCCCAGUGGGCACUCCCGGGGUGCAGCAGGCACCCAGCUUGGGGACAGCAAGAAUUCAACAGGGGCUGUGCUCCUGGAAGAGCAGGGCACUAGCCCAGCCUCUUUCAAAGGGCGCUCAGCCACAGGCAGCAGCCACGGGCCAGGUGAGAAUGCCCUGGCUGUAGAAGUGCCCCCUACCCUGUCCCUGUAUAAGAGCUCCCCAGGCCUGGAGGAGCCUGUUGCUUUGCAGGGUCGUGAUUACUACAACUUCCAACUAGCACUCGCCCCUCAUGCCCGUAUCAAGCUUGAGAACCCCCUAGACUAUGGGCCCGGCAGCUCCUGGGCUGCCCAGUGCAGGUAUGGGGGGGACAUGACCAGCCUGGCGCCUCAUUGCCCUUCCUCGGCCCCAGCCUGGCAUUCAUUUUUCACUGAUGAGGGACAGCUCUAAGCCGCUGUUGGCCCUUUCAGCUGUGGGCGAAACCAGGGGCCACCAGGUCAAGAAGGAAGCGACUUCCCAUCCGACAUGUGGUACCCAGGAGGGAUGGUGAGCAGGAUGCCCUAUGCUGCUGCCUCCGGUUGUAUCAAAAGCGAACUCACUCCUUGGAUGGAAGGCUACGCUGGGGCUUUUGGGGAAAUCCGGUUGGAGGCUGGCAGGGACCACGUUUUGCCCAUUGACUAUUACUUUCCACCACAGAAGACCUGCCUGAUUUGCGGCGAUGAAGCUUCUGGGUGCCACUACGGAGCUCUCACCUGUGGCAGCUGCAAAGUCUUCUUCAAAAGAGCAGCUGAAGGUAAACAGAAAUAUCUUUGUGCCAGCCGGAAUGACUGCACCAUCGAUAAAUUCAGAAGAAAAAACUGCCCUUCUUGUCGCCUGCGAAAGUGCUACGAAGCAGGGAUGACCCUGGGAGCCCGCAAGCUGAAGAAACUGGGCAACCUGAAGAUGCAAGAAGAUGGUGAGGGAGCCAACUCAUCCAGCCCAACAGAGGAGCAAACCCCCAAGAUGGUGAUGACGUGCAUAGACGGGUUUGAGUGUCAGCCCAUUUUCCUCAACGUUCUGGAAGCCAUUGAGCCUAUUGUGGUGUGUGCAGGCCAUGACAACAAUCAACCCGACUCCUUUGCUGCCCUACUGACCAGCCUGAAUGAGCUUGGGGAGAGACAGCUGGUGCAUGUGGUGAAGUGGGCAAAGGCCUUACCAGGAUUCCGUAACCUGCACGUGGAUGACCAAAUGGCACUAAUUCAGUAUUCCUGGAUGGGUCUAAUGAUUUUUGCCAUGGGAUGGAGAUCUUUCACCAAUGUUAACUCCAGAAUGCUUUACUUUGCUCCCGACUUGGUCUUUAAUGAGUACCGAAUGCACAAAUCCAGAAUGUACAGCCAGUGUGUGAGGAUGCGACAUCUUUCCCAAGAGUUCGGGUGGCUUCAGAUCACUCCCCAGGAGUUUCUCUGCAUGAAGGCUCUACUCCUCUUCAGUAUUAUUCCGGUGGAUGGCCUGAAGAAUCAGAAGUUCUUUGAUGAACUUCGAAUGAAUUACAUAAAGGAACUUGAUCGUAUCAUCUCUUGCAAGAGAAAGAAUCCCACAUCCUGCUCUCGGCGCUUCUACCAGCUCACCAAGCUCUUGGACACUGUGCAGCCUAUUGCCAGGGAGCUGCACCAAUUUACGUUUGACCUUUUAAUUAAAUCACACAUGGUCAGCGUGGACUUCCCCGAAAUGAUGGCUGAGAUCAUCUCCGUCCAGGUUCCCAAGAUCUUGUCUGGGAAAGUCAAACCCAUCUACUUCCACAUGCAGUGAUGUCGCAGAGGCAAUCUCCUUUCCCCGCCACUCCCUUCCAGCCAUCUCCUGCCUGUUUUCUCUGCACUACUGUACUGCAGUGCCUUGGGGCGUCUCCUCUAAAGAUGCGGUAUACUGUGACGAUGCACAGUGCCAAACUGCAACCUGCUGGGACUUCUUUGAUUUCCAAUUUUUCUGGGGUAUUUCUGAACUGAACUACCCGCCACGGCUUCUGCCUAUGUCUGGAUGGCUCUGCACUUCUAUAAACAUUGUGGCAUGGUGACUUUGUGGGUCUUGUUUAUACCCUUUUGCUUGUGUAUUUUCCACAGUGACUUUUGAUAGCCCAGUGCCACAGGAAGUUUCAGCUUGGGAGAAAUUCCGCCAUUUGUUUGCUCUUUAAAACAAAACAAGAAGUAGGUUAAACAUGCAAGUUGGGAAUGUGGGUUAUUUUUCUGACUAACCUGAGGUAUUUUCCUUUUUAUUUGCAUCAUGUCUUCAAGAGGCAUGUGAAUUAAAAAUGGUGAGACAGGAAAGGGACAGAGAAACAGACCACUUCAAAAUCAGACAGUACAUUUGUGGGGAAAAUCCUUGUUAUCAUCUACUCUGGUCAUGUACGUAGACCCCUAUACCACAACAGUUUGCUCAUACAUGUAGACCCAUAUAUCAUACCAUGCUGACCAUUAUGCCAGACUGCAUUGAGCAUGCACCCAGGCCCAUACACUCUCGUCCUUUCAGCAUCUAAAAGCAGCAUUACGUAUUUACUCACCAAAGAAAUACCCAGUUCACAAUAAUCUUUGGCGUGUUGUCAUGUCAGUAAAAAGCAUUGAUGAAGAUUAAGAUUAUGACUUUUGGAAGAUGAAGACUACAGAGGGCUAACUUCCAUCUAGGGUAUUUUUCCUGUGGACUGUGAGUCAAAUUGGAUCUAAGUCUGUCCAAAGACUGCGCAGACCUCUAGUGAUCACAUUCCAAUUUCGAACAUUUUUUUUCCUCCACACCAGCAAAGAAAUUACCCUCUGGAAACCACUUGUGCAGUAUGAGUGCCUGAAGUCUCCUCUCAUCUCUGCCUCUAGCCUGCACCCUUUGGAUAGCUGAAGUCUCCACUUGUCUCAUCCCAUCAUCUGUUCAGCUCACCAUGGGUGCCUGCAGGUCUAGAUUUUCCAGUGGUGUUUUCAUUUGCCCUUUAUCCAGCAAUUUUGCAGUCUUUCAGAAGCCAACACUGAAAAGAAUCCCAGAAGCAAAGCAGAGGGAACUUUGGCUCUUCGGACUCUAUGAGGCAUAGUGACUUUGGGAUUAUUCUGCAUCUUUUGCAUUCUUUUGGAAACAGUUGUACAUGACCUGAGAUCAGAGGCGAUGUAUGUGGGGGAGCAUGCAAGGUCAUGUGCCCCCCGUCUCCUGAUUUGUUGCUUGACUGUUCCCAGGGAAUGAGCAUGCUGUCUUACUUGGGGGUGCCCAUAGCUUCCCUUAAUGUUAGUAAUUGAUGUCCACCAAGGAAAAAAAACAAGCCCUCUCAAUGUCACUAAAAUCCCUAUAUUGUAAAAUCAGCACCCAAGCAAAGCCCAGACCCAAGCCCCAUGGAGAUGACAGUGUGUCAUCAGACUGCAGCCUGACUACUGAGAUGCCGGCUGGAGAACACUGCCUAACAUGCACACACACUGUCAUUAAAACAAGAACAAUCAGAGGUUUAUCAUUUUCACUUUCUGGCAGCUUUCAGGGUCAGGAGUACAGUAAUUACUCGCUUAACACGUGCCUGCUUAACACGUUUUCGCAAUAGCAUGAUUUUUUUUUAGGGAACGUUUUUCAAAUAACAUGACUGUCCCUGAAAUAACACGAAAAUAAUCAAGUGGCAGACUACUUCAUGCAGCAGCAUAAGUUGGUGAAAACAGUGGUAAUACACAUGAGCGGAUGAAUACACGUGGUCACAGCGCUCCUCCGCUCACUCACGUGUUUAUCUUUGUGUUCUGACAAACUGCAGUGACUUGAGUUGCUAGAUAUCUUGUGUUGCUCAAUAUCUAAUGUUGACGACCCAGGACCAACAAAAAAUUGACUUUGCCACCACCACCUGAAAUGCAACCCCCACCUUUUCCAUUAUUUUUAAUAGGAAAAUUGACCCCGCAUAGCACAUUUUCGCUUAGCACGAACAUGUUCAGAAACGCAUCUAUAGUGUUAAAUGAGGAAUUACUGUAUUUCCAAGAGGAAUGUGUGUUUCUUCAAAUCAGGUUAAAGUUGGCUUGAAAUCAUCCCCCUGGAGUUCCUAAGGACACAUUGGCCCACCUAGGAAUUUUAUUCAGAUUUGGGGAUGGGGUGGGUACUAUACAUGCAGAAAUCUGACCCUGUGUCUCCUGGUGGUUCUGUGCUCACUCCUGAGAACUUCCCCUCAUAUCGUGAGCUCAACAGAGCAACAAGAGCCAUGUUGACAGGACUGGCUGGUGAACCAGGUUUUGAAGAGGAAGAUAUGAGUAUCUUGCAUAAUAGGGCAUCCCACUAUCCCCCAGAAGAUUAAAUUUGCCAUAUGCCUCCUUUAUACACUAGGGCUGUGUCUACAUUGGCCCCUAUUCCGUAAUAGGGAUGCAAAUGUAGCACUUUGGAAUAGGCAAAUCCGCGGG